GAUUGCGUCCGACAGUCUCGCCCAGAAGCACCCGAAAUGUCGCUGGAAGCGGUCAUCGAGAAGGUGAAGGCUCGCGUUGCCGCCGUCGAUCCGAACGGACCGCGCAAGGUGUUGGGAGUGUUCCAGUUCAACAUCAAGACGGCGGGUGGCGUUGAGCAGUAUGUGAUCGAUCUGAAGCAGCUGAAGGUGGAGAAGGGCACCACCGACAGCCCGGACGUGACCGUGACGUUGACCGUCGAAGAUCUGAUCGCCGUCAGUGCUCGCACGCUGUCCGUGGGAGAUGCGCUGACCCAGGGCAAGCUGGAGAUCCAGGGCGAUGCCACGCUGGCCGCCAAGCUGGCCGAGGUGAUCUAAAUCCUCCUUCCUACCCCCACGCUGUUCCUUGGAUUUGAUUUUGGUUUCUUAACAUGAGUCAUUCGAAAGUGGUUUUGUUUGUUCUGUUCAAUAAAAAUACUCUUUGAAUAUUUUUAAUCAAUGUCUAAACACUUAUCCACUGGAUGAGUAAAAAAAACUUAUAACCUUUUCAAACAACAUUUCAACAAUGUUAUACAUCCGAAGAUAAAUCAGCGGUUGGAUUUUCAGUUCAAAAACGGGUUCCCAACAAAUAAGCAAUACAUAUCCUUGUGCCUAAAAAGUUGCAGAACUCUCUAUCGCUUGCCAGUACACUUAUCUAUGGUUGCAAAUAAAUCAACCUGUUUCCUGCUCUGUUUGCUUGCUCAGAUAACACUUUUUUUUCUUUUUUUGUGUGAUGCAUCAA